GGAGGGGAGGAGGGAGUCAGGCGAAGGGGGUGCGCAUUCCCGCAUUGGCUGAACCAACUUCGGAUUUUGCGGGACUCCAUAACCGAACAUGGGAUACAAUUUUGUCACUGUUUACGAUACGUGGCUUUAAAGAAAACUAUGGAAAAUAACUUUUAACGGAAGGGAUAACGUCUUGCUUUUUAUACGCUGGACGAACCAUCUCCAUCUGUGUUGCGUCCGCCAGAACGCGGAGAAGAAGAGGAGACUUUACUGGAAAUUCUCGAACCCCCAGCGGGACGCUGAGUCUUCAGUCCCUGAACUUUCCGAGACCAUCCGAGGACUGGGCAUGAAGUCAGAGAAUUAAUGCAGAACACUCUUCCGCCGAAGUGAUAAGGGUCUAAGGGAGCAGGCGGCCGGUCGUGGAUCUUGGAGCUCCGAUGCCUGUGGACAUGCAGCCACACCAGGGGCUGUAUCACUAUGAGUCCCCGUCCAGCCAGCCCCCGAGAGGCCUGGCCCCGUCCGGCUGUUCUUCAUACAGCGAAGUGUCGUCGCAGCGCGGCCUGCUCCACAACGGCCCCUCCCAGGACUGCCGAGCCAUGUACAACCCUAUGACCCAGCCCCCCGGCAUGACCCCGGGCCCCGGCCCCGGGUCGCAGGGCCACGGCUCCUGCAUGAACCAGUACAUGAGGCCUCCGAUGGGCCCGCCUCCACCUCCACACAGCAUGAUGAACCACCGGGGCAUGAUGCCCAAUGAGGGUGGCAGCAGCUCCCCCUACUGUAGCCAGAACAUGAUGUCCUCUCACCAUGGCUUUUCCCAUGGCCAGCCGUCCUCUGAUCAGAUUGGCACGGGGGACGGCUCCCGGUUCUCCACGCCGCGCUCCAUCCUGAAGCUGAGCAAGAAGCGGGCGCUGUCCAUCUCCCCUCUGUCGGACGCCAGCGUGGACCUGCAGACGGUGAUCCGCACCUCGCCCAACUCCCUGGUGGCCUUCGUCAACGCCCGCUGCAACCCCAGCGGGGCCAGCUCCUAUGGCCACCUGUCAGUGGGGGGCAUGAGCCCGUCCCUGGGUUACUCUGGCUCCAUGAGCUACCAGUCCAGAGUGCAGGGCUCCAUGUAUGGAGGAGGAGCCAGAACCCCCAUGGGGGGGCACACCCCAGGGCCCUGCCACGCUCCCCGCCUGCCCCCCCACAACCCCCGGCUCCACGCCCAGCCCAAGCACGGACAUCUGAAGACAGAGCCUGGGCUUAGCAGUGUGAUGGAUUGCAUCAACGUGAAGAGCCUGGAGGAGAGAUCAGAAGGAGACAUGGCCAGUCCGUCCUCCACUGGCACACAGGACCCCCUAAUGGGUCUCCUGGAUGGCCGAGAUGAUCUGGACAAGGACGACGGCAAGCAAGAGCCAGAGGCCAUCUAUGAGACCAACUGUCACUGGGAGAGCUGCAACAAGGAGUUUGACACGCAGGACCAGCUAGUCCACCACAUAAACAACGAGCACAUCCACGGGGAGAAGAAGGAGUUUGUGUGCCACUGGCAGGAGUGCUCGCGGGAGCAGAGGCCCUUCAAGGCCCAGUACAUGCUGGUGGUCCACAUGCGCCGUCACACCGGGGAGAAGCCACACAAGUGCACAUUCGAGGGAUGUAACAAGGCCUACUCCCGUCUGGAGAACCUGAAGACCCACCUGCGGUCCCACACGGGGGAGAAACCCUAUGUGUGUGAACACGAGGGCUGCAACAAGGCCUUCUCCAACGCCUCGGACCGGGCCAAGCACCAGAACCGCACGCACUCCAACGAGAAACCGUACGUGUGUAAGAUCCCGGGCUGCACCAAACGAUACACAGACCCCAGCUCUCUACGGAAACACGUGAAGACGGUCCACGGCCCUGAAGCCCACAUCACCAAGAAGCACCGAGGAGACACCGGGCCACGAGCACCUGGCUCAGCGCUGACCCCUGGUGGCCCCAACUCUGAACUGCUGCUGGAGAAGGAGGAGACGCGCCGGGAAGAUUGUAAACUAUUAGCGCCCGAAUCUUCUUUGAAAUCCCAGCCCAGCCCUGGCGGUCAGUCGUCCUGCAGUAGCGAGCGCUCGCCACUGGGGAGCGCCAACAACAACGACAGCGGGGUGGAGAUGAACCUGAACGCGGCGGGGAGCCUCGAGGACCUCACUGCCCUGGAGGACGGGCUGGCGGGAGGAGGAGGGGAGGCGGGGAACGCAGCGUGCACCAUCGGGAUGUCAGCCCAGGCUCUGAAGAGGCUUGAGAACCUAAAGAUCGACAAGCUGAAGCAGAUACGCCGACCUACUCCUCCAGGCCGCUGUGCCGGCAGCAAGCUGCCCGCUCUGCCUGGUUCAGGGGAAAUGAUCGGGAUGUGCGCACCGUCUCCGCUCCUCUCAAACCGCCGCGUCAUGGAGCUGUCCAAUCACGACAUGGCAGGGGGCGGCGCCAUGAACUGCUCGGCCAACGACAGGCGAGGGAGCGGCACCAGCAGCCUGAGCUCCGCCUACACAGUGAGCCGCCGCUCCUCCAUGGUGUCCCCCUACCUGUCCAGCCGCCGGUCCAGCGAGGUGUCCCAGCUGGGGGGAGCCGGAGGCGCCGGCUGUCACCUGGUGGGGUCGGAGCAGGCGGGGGGCGACCCGCUCUCCCCGGAGAUGAGUCGCAGGGGGGUCUCCUGUCCAGGGGGUCUGCCCGGCCUGCCCACCCUCACCCCCGCCCAGCAGUACAGCCUCAAGGCCAAAUACGCCGCGGCCACCGGCGGCCCGCCCCCGACGCCCUUACCCAACAUGGAGCCCCCCGGCGCCCCGGUGCGGCGCGGCGGCUACCUGUCCGACUACCAGCCUCUGCCCCCCUUCCUCCAGGGCGGCCCGCGCCGGCACAGCGCCAACACCGAGUACGGCACGGGGGUCAUCUACCCGCACCAGGCCCCCGGCAACGCCCUCCGCCGGGCCAGCGACCCCGUGCGCUCGGCGGGCGACCCCCAGACCCUGUCCAAGGCCCAGCGCUUCAGCAGCCUCAACAACGUGGCCAUGAUGGGCCGCCGGAACGCGCUGCAGCACUGCGGCUCCGACGCCAACGUGGCGCGCCACAUGUACUCGCCGCGGCCGCCCAGCAUCACGGAGAACGUCAUGAUGGAGACCAUGGCCAUGGAGCCCGGCCACAGCUCGGCGGACUCCAGGAGCCACUCCAUGAUGAUGGCCCCCGGAGACAGGGGCUUCAUGGGAUACCCAUCGCAGCAGCAGCAGCAGCAACGCCAUGCUUUGGGUGGUGGGUGUGGAGCAGCCAACCAGCUAUCCCCCAGCCAUGAUGCCCUGGGUUGCCCCGACCCAGGCUACAUGCAAGGGCACUAUCAGAGCCCGCAGGGCGACGUGGGCCCCAGAGGCAGCGGGGUCCACAUGGGUCAGGCGGGACCUAUCCAUCCAGAAGGCGUGUCUAAUAAUCUCCUGCAGCAGGCUGAGUACAGCAUGAGCACCUGCCAGUUGAGUCCGUCGGGGCCCCAUUACCCCGGCUUGAGCCAGGGUGGUGAGGCCAGGGCCAUGACGGGCCCCUGGGGGGAGAACCACAACCAGAUGCCCGUCCCCUCUCACGUCCUCCAGAACCAGGGGAGGAUGCAGUACGCCGACGCCAGCAUGCAGACCCAGCAGCAGGCCCUGUACAGCAGCCCGGAUGGGACCCACAAGCUGGUCAUCAAGCCCGAGCAGCAGUUCCACCCGGGGAUGGGCAUCGGAGACGCCUGUCGCAACGCUAAGCUGCAGCAGCAGCAGCGCUCCCUCGCCCAGCAGGCGCAGGGCUACCCUACACAGGCGGGCCAGGUCAUGAUGAGGACCCCCAACAACCCCAGCUGUGACUUCAACAACCAGGGGGAUCCACAAGGGCAGGCCGGGCAGACCCCUUUCCCCAGCGGAGGAGGCCUGAACGUGGGCUGCGGCGGCGCCGUGGUGUUGCCCGACGGACGCAGGUCUCAGACGCCCAUGAUGCAGGUGAAGGAGAUGAUGGUCAGGAACUACGUCCAAUCCCAGCAGGCGCUGAUGUGGGAGGAGCAGCAGCAGGUCGGAGUCAAAGCCCCGCCCCUUUCGGACACCAUGGACAUGGGGGGUCCGACGGCAGUGCUGCAGCACAGUCCCCAACAGAACCAGAACCUGUACUCCAAUCAGCCCUAUCCUUCUUACCCCAACCAGAACCUCCUGAUGAGCCCCCCGGCCCACGGCAGGGGUCCCGGCUCGGUGCAGCCUAAAGAGCAGCAGCUGGCGGGGCUGCAGGGCUCGUGCUACGGCCAGGAGAUGGUGGUCCCGCGACCCCCGCAGGGACGCAAGCCCCUCAGCCGCCAGAACAGCCUGACUCUGCAGUCGGCUGCCGAAAGCUACAUGGGUAGCCCCCCUCAGCUCAGCCCCGUCCACUCCACCUCGAGCCCCCGACGCACCGUCCGACUGCCGCCCGUCCAGCACCCACUCCAGCCACAGAGUGAGAUGUUCUCGCCUUCGAACAACAACAACAACAUUUACUACUCGGGGGGGGACGUCCACAUGGACCUGGAGAAGCACAUGGACCCCCAGAGCGGGAUUUUUAUGAACCAACAGCACAACAUGUUGAGCAGCCGAUCGGCCGCCCUGGCCCCGUACACCGAGUCGGGCCCCAUCUCCAACGCCUUGGAGAACCUGGACCUGGACAACGCCCACAUAGACUUCGCCUCCAUCAUCGACGACGCAGAGUCCUUUGGUUCGCUCCACGCUCUCGAGGGCCUUCCCGGCUCUUCGUCCCAGGCCUCGUCGCGCCUCACCACCCCGCAGACCUCUGUGACUCUGGCCCCGGGCUCAGGACUGUCCAACAUGGCCGUGGGCGACAUGACGUCCAUGCUGACAUCGCUCGCCGGCGAGAACAAAUACUUAAACACGCUGUCUUAGGACGGAGGAGGGGAAGUCCAUAGACUUAAUUCACACAGAUGCCUUGGCCAGUAAUCGGAAACAGACGGAUCCAAUGGACAAAGGGAUUGUUUGGUUGCUGUCUCGGCGUGUCUUACGAAAAGGGCCGUCAAAUCCAGAGCCUGAAGUCUGCGACUAUAAUGUUUUACAUUGCGCUGCUUAUGAAGAGUGAGAGGCUGGGCUAUAGGUAUUUGGAGAAUGUAUGAGGGAGAGAUAUUUUUACAGGAAGUAUUUCCAGAUAUUUCUGGGCUGCUCUACUCCCAAAGGUCUUCUUAUCUGGACCAUGGGUCUAAUCCAGCUCAGACCUGUGGUUUAUUGUUGCGAUCGGUCAGGAGGUAAAACCCAAUGAGUUUGAAAUGAUGACCUCCACAUGAAAAUAGCAAUAAUAUGUUGCAAGGAGCCCGGGUCUUGUGGUGAGCCUGACUUUUCGAAAUGUUUCGUCUGAAAUAAGAAACUUUGCCCAAAACGUUAAACCAAAUGUGCCUAGUUGUCCUUUCCUCUAUGUUGGGUUUUUUCAUUACCUUGGUACACCUCUUUGCCUUUCGUAAGAUAGGAAACCACAUGCCUGAUAUAAAGUUGAUUAAUGUACAUUUGCCAAACCGGAAUUCCAGCUGCAAAGGAGUGUGGCUAAAAGUAGAGAAAAAUGUGUAUAUGUAAAUAUGUUUUAUAUGAUUUCAUAUAUGCUUUGAAUGUGACAAUGUAGACAAUUUGCUGUACUCUCUCACAAGAUGCAGGUCAACAGAGCAGGCUGUUUAAAAGAACAGAUUGAAAUGAGAAGAAAUAAUAACCCUUUGGUUGCAAGAGGCUAGCAAUUCUCCUGUGCUUUCAGUUAUUCAUCUAUUUUGCUAUUGAUUUUCCAUUGACAGGGAACAAGUCUUGCGUAAUAUCAGUAUUUAAACGUUGUGCACGCGCACGUAUGAAACUUGACACCCGUAUGUAGAGACACAUGCACAUACAAACAUGCACAUAGACAUUGAACACAGCUACAAUAUCACAGGAGGUUUCAUUAUUGUGUUGUACUGUAAAUAUUCCUAAAGCAGCUGUUUAUGAUUUUAUAAGUGAUGUGUUGUUUUUUUAAACAGAAAUGCAGUUUUGGCCCAUCUCUAUCUAUGCUUUGUGUGUUGUGGACAGCCACAACAAGAACAAACCUCAAAUGUGUGCACCAUACUCCUCCGAUGGUUUCAGGCCAUUCAAUCCACAUUGACUUUGCCUUGGGACUUAAAUUUGAAAUAAUGACCACAUUCUGCUGUUGUAGAUGUGUUAGGGGUCCAACACCCAUAUAGUUAUCACAUUCUGGGGCACAAGAGGUGCAUUACUGUUGCACUCAUAAAUAUUUUGAUAGGCAUUCAUGAUGAUGGCUGGACGGAUUACUGUGGUAUUGCACUGACUACAGCACUGUGUAAAAAUAUAUAUAAAUAUCUAUUCAUUGAUGAUUCAUGAAAAACUCACUUUUAGUUACGAUAAAAACAUACUAUGGUACUGUUUUUUAAGUGAUUUAAGACGGCCUGGAACAACCAGUGGCUGCAUGGAAGUGAUGUUUGACAAUUUACGAAGUAUUAAUAAGGAUUAACAUUUGGUUUAAAGAUCUUGUGUUUGCAAGAAAACACAAUUUACCAAAGACAAUUCAAACCAACAGUUUUUGUUUUUUUCUCAGAAAAAGGUGCAGGGCUAGUCGAAUGUUAACAAAACACUAACAUCAGCAAUAAGGGCAUGGACAUUAAUAGUUAGUGCUGGUUUUUAUUUUAGAAUGUAUCACAUAUUUGUAUAAAAGUACCUUUUUUUUCUUAAUGAACUUCAUAGACGUUGCCUAUUUUCUGUGUGUGUUUUUGAUACCUGCCAUCCCCCAAUCAGACUUUUUUGCGGGCAAAAGAAUAACAUGUUAAGCAAUAAAGAGUUAUAAUAGUAGCGUAACUAUAUUACACAAAAAAAACAAGUGUUAUAUUUUGUGUACAAUUUUCUACAUUUUUAUAGAAAUGUACUUUAUUUUACCAGUCUAUGAAUAAAUAUGUUCAGCUUGU